CGAGUCUCUCUUUCUCUUUUGCAAAUACCAUGUGCCACUCAUUGAAAUUAUCAAAUGUCAAAGUGACUUAAGAAUCGUCGUAAUUACCGUGACAGUUAUCUUUCUGUCUAUUUAUCACCCAUCCAUGAUUGACAGAUAGGAUCAGACUUCUUGGAAACUUCCCCUUGAACAGAUAUAAUGUCGGGGAACAGCAAUGGCUUGAUUGAUCGAGAUAUUUUCGAUCUAGUUUAUCAAGGCAUUGGUUUAAGGCAUUGCACCAUUCUCUCCAAUGUUCCAGUUCAACUGCCAGGGUCAAGCUUGAUCUCAAUUGAUCCAACAAACCCAGGGUUUGACGUACAACAAAUGACCGAUUUCAUUCAUAAGGCCACGUGGUGUUUGGUGGUGAUAAUUCAUCUAGGAAUCCAUUCCCAGUUUCCAGGGACCACCCUGAAGACCCUAAUCGAGAGGAACGUCCAUACCAAUGUAUUCUUCAUUGGCAACGCUACAAAUUUGGAUUGGGGGACGUGGAACAGGCCAGUCGUCAUUAUGGAGAGAGCUGGGAUCACUAAUGCGGGUUGGCGUGUUCACGUUUAUUGUGGCAGAACAGAUUUCGGCUAUUGGCGCUACGAUGAAAAUUAUUGGCAAGCAAACAAGGGCUUCUCACGACCUUUUGGUUUGAGAGGGGAAAUGUGUCUACCCUUGUUGUUCAACCAACCCUUCAUUGUGGGUUACUAUGGUUUGUUACCCAACAUUUUUGUCGAUGACGCUAAUGAUUCUGUGAGUGGUACAGACGUGGAGGCCAUCAAACUAUUGGCCGACAAAUACCAGAUGAAAUUGGAAUUUCAAAAUGGGGACGGUGGAGACUUCACUUCUAUCACGACCAAGAAUGCCACACACAAUUUGGCCAAGCUCUAUCGUGGAGAACUUCAGGCUUCUAUCCCUGGAUUGCAAUUUUAUCACAAUUUCGUAUUUUUUGAUCUCACCAAUUAUGUUCUGUUUUCUCAAAUGAGAUAUGCAGCUCGGCGACCUCAAAAAACCGUAGCCUUUGAGAAUGUGGCUCGAGGAUUUGAUAAACUGAGUUGGACAGCUAUUUUCCUCAUAUUGACCUGUUUUGCAGUCACUUUUCAAACCAUCUUUUACGUCUAUAAAUUCAAGAUUAAGGAUCCUGGAAGAUACAAUAACCCAGGGAACCCGGCUGACUUCUUUUUGCUCACUUUCACGUCCUUUGUCGAGCCAGACAAAAUCAACUGGUUCCCCACUUGGUCUGCAGGCAAAAUGUCUGCCCUAAUGUGGUCAGUGUUCGCACUUUUGGUUGUCAGCUUCUACACUUCGAAUCUAAGGACCAACCUGAUUGCCCCCAGUUUAGAGCCCGAAAUCAACAGUCAUGAAGAUAUUCUCAAGUAUGGCAAGUUUAUUCAUGCCAACAAUCUGUUUUUGUUCCUCCGCCAACAAAAGGUGUCCCCGGCUUUUGAGGCAGUACUUCGUUGGGUUGACGAGACGGGUGGUUGGUUCCGUUCCGAAGCAGACGAGGGAUCUUUGGAACCCCAUGUCGAGACUGGGGUUUUGAAGAAUGGGGAUGUCUAUUUCACAAACGAUGAAAACGUCCUCUAUUCAUACUUGUUCCAAAAGACGUUGGGUUUCCCAAAUCUGAGGAUCUCCGAUGACGCCUUGAACAACUUUUAUAUGUCUAUUCGUCUCCAAAAGUAUUCGCCCUACACCCUAGAAGUCAAUGACUUGAUCACCACCUACCAUGAGCGUGGAUUGUUCAAAAGGAAUUUAUACAAACCUAUUCCCAUAAUUGCCUUGCCUUCAACUUCAGGAGGAUCGCAAUACGAAUCGUCGGAAACCUUGAGAAUGAGCUUGGAAAUGUUGUGGACACCGAUAAUUCUUUUGUCAUGUGGAUGCAUUAUUGGGGCAAUUAUAUUGCUUUUUGAGAUCAGCCUUUGGAGUCCAGACUCAAGAAACAUAGAUUCAUCUAAAAGGGAAUGUUUGCAUAAGCUCGAUCGCACUUUUGUUCAGCUUUCGUAA